CCGCACAACGUGUGCACAAAAUAUUAGAAUGUUUUUGAAAAAGUACUGUUUAAUAUGUCAAUUUAAUCACAUGGAUGAGAUACAAAUGAACUGUUUCAUAGAUUGUCAUGCUCACUUGUCAGCAAAUGAAUUUGAUGAUGUUAGUUUUAACUUUUUUUGAACAAAUAUUCAAAAUUAUAUGUUGUGCAAAUGUAUUAAAUAAUAUGUAUCUUUGCCUUUGGUCAUUGUUUAGCAUAUUUAUGUGUGGUAGGACAUAAUUUGUGAACACGUUUUUGUCCUCAUUUGCACCAUAAAUUGACAAUUAAAGUAUGUUUAACAGUACAUGCACAUUCAAGACAUUUAGCUAUUUUCACUUUCUAGGAUAUUGGUGUAGUGCUUGAACAAGCAAAAGAAGUAAGUAAGUCGUACAUGGCAUUUUUAAUCUGUACACCUGGGGGUGUAGACCUGGGAAUUUCAAAAUGUUAGACCCUCCACUGGAUUUUCCAGAACCAAGGUUUUUCGUGGUGGUCCCUUGGAAUUUCCAAGCAAUUUUUGAAAACUGCCUCUGCCAAAUGCAUUAUUUUUACCCCCUCUCUUGGAAUUUCUUGGCCAUUUGGGAGACAACAUGCCCUGGAUAUGGAUUUUUUACCCCCCUUCCCUGGAAUUUCCGAGUGACCCCCCCCCCACCUGGAAUUUCCCAGAUCCUCACCUCGGGUGUACAGAUUAAAAAUGCAAUGUUCCAUAUUUGUUGGGAGCAUCUUUACAAUGUCUGUGGCCAUUUUAACAGAUGCAUUGUUUCAGUUGGUAAGUAUAUUAAACACAUGACUUCCAUACACAUCUAGCUGAACACUAAACCCUAAUUUCUAUCUACUUAAAAUCUGAAAAACUAACUACCUGACUGCUGUCCACAAAGCAUGGUAUGAUUUACCAUACUUGCACUUUUAUAGUGGCCAAGUAUAAUGUAUUGUUGUUCACCAUGCCUUAUCAAAAUUUUAGGUUGGGGUCAAAGCAAUUUUGGGUGUUACAGAAUUCAAGAGUGAGUUUCAAAAAGUAAUGGAUUUGUCUGAAAGGUAUAAAUUAAAUACUACUUAGAUAUUAACAUUAUUUAAAUUUUUCCAUGUCAACCAAAUAAUUUUAGUCAGAACACAUUCUGAGAAGUCCUGCCUUUCCUAGAAACAUCAAACUCUUUGAGUAUUUUUUCAGGUAGUUCAGACUUCAGAGACCAACCACAGCAACUUAUUGCAGGAUAUAUACCAUGUAUUUCACCAAUAAUGGACCCCUGUCAUGAUUAAGCUGAAGAGAGACUGAACUAACAAAUCUCUGACACCCCAACCUUUGGGAUAUCGUAUGAAGCAGUUGAGAUGUCAUUAUGAAACAUUAUACUAGCAGGGUCUGAAAUUUGAUUUUUUUUUAAGUAUCCACAUGGAUACCAAGGUUUUAAAAUUUGGUAUCCCUCCCGAUAAUCCAGUAUCCUAAAUCUGGAUACUUAACUAGUUGGCUUUUCGUAUCCCACAGGGCCAGACCCAACAUCACUCUAAGGCUUACUCUUAGUCAACUAUACGUCAAGCAUUUUCGUCCAUCGCAUUUUAUGUUUAAUAUACUAGAAUCCUAAAAGGAACUUAUACAGUUCAAAUAUUCAAUUUCUUAACAGUUAACAGGGUUAUUUAAUUAUAGAUUAAAGUCUAAGUGUCAACUUCUCUGAUUUUUAAUGCUAUCAGUAUGCACUCAAAUGGGAACUACAGCGUCAUUAUCAUCAUCAUUGGCUGUAUUAUCAUGAAGACCAUUGCCUGCAUCAGGAGUUUUGGUGGUUUUAAUUAAAUAUUUUUUACAUAAUAUCACAAGAAAGCAUGGAUUAUUUACGAGUAUUUUAGUUCAUGACGGCAGCAAAAAAAAUGUAUUUCUUUUUUGCUAACUAUCGACCUUCAAAUUUCCUUACAAUCUUCUUGACUUUUCUUCACGUGCCCGCGAAUACCGCCUGCUACGCAGGCUAGACUUUUCUUGAUUUCAAAAAGAUUCUUUUCAAUGAAGUCUGGACAGUUGUUUCAAUGUGGAAACACUAUUCAAAAUGGCGACUCGCGAAUUGAACACUGAGCUAUACUAUAGGAAUUGAACCAUGAGUGGACUACAUGCAUAAAUACAACGUUAAGACGAAUGCUAGACUUGUGUUACAGCACUAUUUAAUGAACAAAAAUGUGGGGAGACUACUAAAACAUUAACUGCUAUCCCGUUUUUUAAAAAAAUGUGGUAUCCCAUCGGGAUACAAGUAAAAUAAACUUAGUAUCCAAAACCAAAUUUCAGUAUCCCGUGGAUAUCGGGAUACCGCAAAUUUCAGACCCUGACUAGCUCAUUGUAAAAUGUAUGUGUUCAGAUUCCCAGACAUCGUAGCACCAUGUCUUGGUAUCCAUCCUGUUCAAGGUGAUCCAAGAGAAAAGCAAAGACCAGCAAAUUUAGAGGUGAUCAUGUUUGGCCUGUUCUUGGAUAAUUCCUUAGUUAGAAACUUUUUAAAAUUUUAAAUCAGUGCAUAAUAUUCUGAUAGUUACUUUUCGGUCUAGGAUCUUGUUGGUGUAGAAGAGAUGAUAAGGUUGCACAAGGAGAAAUUAUUUGCAAUUGGUGAGGUAAAAAAUAAAAUUUGUGUUCUAAAAUUAUAGACACUUCCCAAAUUCGCUUUAGUGCACACAGAACAAUAGCUUGAAAUCAAGGAGGGCAAUGUAAUAUGUAAUUCAUUGUAUUCAAAAUGAUUUUGCCUAUUCUUCCUUGUGACAACCCCGCCUUUUAAAACCACACCAACUUUUAUAUAACUGUUAUUAAACCACAUGCUUUGGUGACCACACCAUUUUCAUGACCUCACCCACUUUUCCAUAACCAUACCCACUUUCCCAUCACCACACCCACUUUCCAAUGACCACACCCACUUUCCAAUGACUGCACCCACUUUCCAAUGACCACACCAUUUUCCAUGACCACACCCACUUUUCAAUAACCACAUCCAGUUUUUCAAUAACCUUCACCCGUGCAGUUUUCAAUGACCACACACAUCUCCCUCCAUUAGCACACUCUAUUUUUCAUGACCACAUGACCACCAAAUUUAAAACAUCCUGAGAACCCUGAUCUGUAGCUGAUGCCUCAUGCAUGGCUAAGUUAAAUGUUAUUUACCUUUAUUUAGAUUGGUUUGGACCUGACUCCAAGAUACUUUGAUCCAGAUAAAAAAGAAAUGCAAAGAGAAGGCCAGUAUAAAGUGUUUUCAAGACAGGUGAACAUUGGUCUUGUGCCUUGUAUUGAUAUUGGAAUGUGUAUUGUAUCAGGUUUUGGUCUUUUGGACUUGAUUGUAGUAAGACUUAUAUUUCAUUUAGAUUGAAUUAGCCAAAGAGUUGGAUCUUCCUGUGUGAGUAUUACGUGAUCAACAUCGAAGUCAAUAUUGCAAGGUUUGCAAUGUUAGAUUGGCAAUCAGGAAAUGCCGACCUGAUUGCUGACAUACCGUCAAUUCAGGACAGCAGACAAUUGCCAACUGAUGAGUUUGCAUGAGAUGGGAUUUAGUGCAAAAGAGAAAACAAAUGAAACAAUGAUCUUUUGUCGACCUGAUUCUUAGUUAUAAUACUGAGGCAUGAAUAAGCUAAAUAACCUGUGUACAAAGCAAAUUAUUUUGCACAGCAUAAAACACUAUAUGAAAUUUAUGUACAAAACACUAAUAUAGUACAGUUGUUUUUAAAUUUAUAAGACAUUUUAAACAUACUCCUUUCUUAUACUUAGAAAUGUUCACUCGAGAUCGGCAGGCAGACCUACAAUUAACUUUCUAAAAGAACAUGGUGCCUCAAAAGUUUUGCUUCAUGCCUUUGAUGGCAAGCCCUCUGUUGCAAUGCAGGGAGUCGAGGCUGGAUAUUAUUUUUCAUUUCCACCAAGUAUAGUGAGAUCAGAACAGGUACGAAAACACAGAUUUUCUCAAUCAUGUCUUUUUCCUGAACCUGUUUUUCCACAGAACAUCUUUUGUGGAAAAACGUGUUGGUACAUGCAGUGCUGGGGGGGGGGCAUUUUGCCCUCAGGCCUCCAGCUCAAAAAGGGCCCCAAAGCAACAAAGGCCUUAGUUUACAUUUUCCUGAUACAAGAGUCAAGAUAUUGCUUAACCGAGAAUAUAAAAUCCCAACUGCGUCAGUGACGGAUAAUAUUCAAUAAAGCGUAAUAUGUUGUAAAACAACGCUUCUCCUGGGGGUUUUUUAUGUCAUAGCCAUAGGGAAAGUUUUGACCAUAGUCAUAGCCCUGGGAAAGUUUGUCAAGUUUUGCUCCGGACCCCGCACAAACCUCAGCUUGGUCACAACAAGCGAGAUUAAUUUUACGGUAUUUUUAAUUUUGGUUUUUAGAAACAAAAGCUUGCAAAAGUACUGCCUCUGUCCAAUAUCUUACUUGAGACAGACAGCCCUGCAUUGGGAAUUGAGAAACAAGUAAGGACUCCACGUUUUUGUAUAUGCAUUCUUUUUUGCAUUCUUGUCAUUUAGCCCAGGCGGGAAAACUUCCCGCCAUUUCCAAAAGUGGCGCGAACUUUUCCCGCCUCUGGAUUCUUAGCAAUGUGAUUGGCUUACAAGAGACUUGCGGUCGUUCUUUUAACCAAUCAGAGGGAGUUUUGUACAACCUGUCGUGAACCUGUCGUGUCAAAUCGUGUCAUGCUUCGCAAAUUUUAUUUGCUGUUUAUUUCAUUGUUUGUUUAUAUGCUCAUGAAAAGUUUUGUUUUCCCAUUAAUUUUUGUUUUUUUAGGUUCGAAACGAGCCGAAGUUUAUUCAGUCAUCUUGUGAAAUGAUUGCAAAGAUUAAAGGACUAAAACCUGAGCAAGUCGCAGUCGAAACGACAAGAAAUGCUCUCAAACUUUUCCCAAAAUUACAACGAUAUAUCAAGAUAUAAGCAAAAUUGUUGCCGAGAAAGAUAGAGUAAGAGGUAUGAAUGACAAAGUACUUGUUUUAAUGCAGCUUUGAAGUGAUAAUUAUUGUCAUGACAUAAGUUGGAGUGUUGCCGUUGGUUGAAAACAUGGUCAGUAAUUUGAUUUUUUCUGUGUUGGUGUUGUGUACUCAGGUGAAUAUGUUUGUGAUGUUACUCUGAUCGUAUAUCCACACCGGGCGAGCUUGAAAAAUAUGCCCGACCACGGUGGGAAUCGAACUCAUAUUCACCUGAGUACACAACACCAACACAGAAAAAAUCAUAUUACUAGAUUACACUGGUAUCGAAGGUGUCGGAGACUUUCAAUUAUCAUAUGUAGUAUAUAGACCAAAGUACAUUUAAUCUUAGAAUAUAGAUAAUUCAUAUAGUUAUUAGUUUAAAUAUAUAGUUAUGAACACAUCACUAUACGUGCAAAAGGGAAACGAAAGUGCCGAGUAAUAGACUAGAAGUUUCGUAUCCAACGCAAGAGAUAAACAGACGUGACUAUGCAACCGCAUUGUCAGGGCGCAGUCGAAACUAUAUAGGAUCAAAUCGCGAUGAAUUUGCAUAUUUUCCGCAAGGAAACUUCGUCACAUAACCGCAUAGACUUCGUCAUAUAACCACAAUAAGUUCCUAUUAUUUUACUAUAAAUAUAGCCUCUGUAUGUUAGUUAGACACAUUAGAACUUCAGUCUACUGGAGUCUGGAGAGUUAACAUCGAUUGUGAUACAGUGAAGUGUAACGUAUCUAAUGUCAUUGUGACCUGUGACCUUUAUUAAAGUUUUUAAAAUUUAAACGUGAUUUGUGAAUUUGUGAGUUGUUGGGCGAAACAAGGGAGGCAAUCCCCAACAAAG